GCCCCGCCCACCGUCAUGCAAACACGCCCCCUUCUCGUAGCCCCGCCCCCUCCAAUUCGACCACGCCCCCUCCCCCCUCCUCUACGCUACUUCCGGUUCGCGCGACGGGAAACAGGAACCGGAAGUAGAACUGCAGCCGAAACGGAAGCGGACCGCGGAGGAGGACCGUGCGCCAUGCGUUCGGACGACGAAGGGACCCCCCCUCCCUCGGAGUGGGACUGGGGCUGCCCGCGCACGCGGCGCCGCGUGGAGGAGCUGCACUUCGGCCCCGGGGGGCUCCUGCCCUCCAACCCUGAGGACAUCCGCAACUUCUGGACCUUCUUCGAACGGCUGAGGCGCUUCCAGAGCCGAAAACCUCCUCCGACACCGACCCCAAAAGACACCAGGAAGGAUCCAUCGCCGUCGCUCGGUCUCCCACCGCGCUACGACGCGCUGCACCGCAUCAACGUGACCCUACCAGAACCCCAAACCUCGCGCCGCGACGGCCCUGCCGUGCCCCGCCGGCACCGGGCAGAGCUGCGCUGCGCCCUGCUGCAUUAUUUGGACUUCACGCAGAAACAGAGCUUCUCCAAACUGGCCAAAAUCCGCCGGGAUCGCGCGGCGCUGCCCAUCGCCCGCUUCCGGGAGCCCAUCCUGCAGGCCGUGGCGCGGCACCGCGUGGCGCUGGUGGCCGGAGAUACGGGUUGUGGUAAAUCCACGCAGGUGCCGCAGUUCCUGUUGGAGGCUGGGUACCAAAACGUGGCCUGCACGCAGCCGCGCCGCAUCGCCUGCAUCGCCCUGGCCAAGCGCGUGGCCUACGAGAGCCUCCGGCAGCACAGCGGCCAGGUCUCCUAUCAGAUCCGUUUCGACACCACCCGCUCUCCCUGCACCCAAAUCCUCUUCCUGACCGAGGGGCUGCUCCUCCGCCAGGCCCAGCGGGACCCGCAGCUCUCAGGGUACCAGGUUCUGAUCGCCGAUGAGGUCCACGAGAGGCACCUCCACGCCGACGUCCUGCUGGGGGUCCUGCGGCGCCUGCUGCUCUCCCGACCCGACCUGCGCCUGCUGCUCAUGUCUGCCACCAUCAACAUCGAGCUCUUCGCCCAGUAUUUUGGGGGUGCGCCCGUGGUGCAGGUGCCAGGCAGGAGUUACCCCAUCUCGGUGAGAAGGUCGGGGGCUGGGGGGUCCAUCGUCAGGAUGGAGUUGGGCUCUUUGGGCUCAAUCCCGAAUCUGGAGUUGGGUUUUUAUGGGGCUUAACCCCGAAUCUGGAGUUGGGUUUUUAGGACUCAAUCCUGAGUCUGGAGUUGGGUUCUUUGGGCUCAAUCCUGAAUCUGGAGUUGGGUUCUUUGGGCUCAAUCCUGAAUCUGGAGUUGGGUUUUUUGGGGCUCAAUCCUGAGUCUGGAGUUGGGUUUUUUGGGGCUCAAUCCUGAGUCUGGAGUUGGGUUUUUUGGGGCUCAAUCCUGAAUCUGGAGUUGGGUUCUUUUGGACUCAGUUCUGAAUCUGGAGUUGGGUUCUUUGGGCUCAAUCCUGAGUCUGCAGUUGGGUUCUUUGGGCUCAAUCCUGAAUCUGGAGUUGGGUUCUUUGGGCUCAAUCCUGAGUCUGGAGUUGGGUUCUUUGGGGCUCAAUCCUGAAUCUGGAGUUGGGUUCUUUGGGCUCGAUCCUGAAUCUGGAGUUGGGUUUUUUGGGGCUCAAUCCUAAAUCUGAAGUUGGGUUUUCUGGGCUCCAUCCUGAAUCUGGAAUAGGGACUUUGGGAGUUGAUCCCAAAUCUGGAGUUGGGUUCUUUUGGGCUCAGUCCAAAUUCUGCCCUUAGAAUUGGAUCCUUGGGGCUCAAUCCCGAAUCUGGGGUUGGGUUUUUGGGGCUCAAUCCCGAAUCUGGAGUUGGGUUUUUGGGGCUCAAUCCCGAAUCUGGAGUUGGGUUCCUUGGGACUCAAUCCUGAAUCUGGAAUCGGGUCUUUGGGGUUCAAUCCCAAAUCCCGAAUUGGGUCUUUAGGGCUGAAUCCCUUCUUUAGGCUUUGGGAUUUGGGGGCAGAAUCCCACCUUUUAGAAUCGGAACAUUUGGGGGCUGAAUCCCCCCCUUCAGAUUU